AUGAUGCUAACAAUUUUAGAUCACCUGAAGCCAUGCGCUGUGAUCGUUGAAGAAGCCGCAGAAAUAAUCGAGGGGCAGUUAAUUUCAGUCCUUCCGCCCAGUAUAGAGCAUUUGGUAAUGCUAGGAGAUCAGAAGCAGCUUCAACCUCGUGUAAAUUGUUACAAACUGACACAAAAAAAUCUCAACUGCUCCAUGUUUGAACGAUUGAUAAAUAACGAUAUGCCCUUCAAACAGCUUGGAAAACAAUGUCGAAUGCAGGAUGAUAUUGCCGAUCUCCUUCGGUCACUAGAAAUAUACCCAGGUUUGAAGACAAACAAGGAG